UCAUUCCUCCCCUAUUCCACAUCUGGAAUCCAGGCCCACAUUUAUUUAUGCGACUUGGGUUGUUUUUCAGGGAGUUUAAAGUUCUCUCCAAUGUACCGUUGGCAGCCGGGCUGCAUCCGAUGAAGUCUACAAUUACAUUUUACCAUAGCCGGUCACUCUGCAAUUACAUGUUUGACCACAGAAUGUCUUGAAAAGCACAGCCUCAUAUGGCAGACAGAAAUAGACUGGUUUCGUGUCUACUUGGACUUUAGCCCAGCUGAAACUAUGCUGCUUGACUGACGAGGAGAUUCACUGGGCUCAUUUCAGACUGCAGCUGCAUCUACUGAGUUCCAGAUCUUCAGUUAGCAUCACGGUGUGAAGAUAUCAACUGACAAUAUGUGGCUCUUCACUUGAUAGGACGUGCAAACUUUUGGAAACUGUAUUGUGGUGCUAUGUUAAAGUGGAGAGGACACAGUCAGAAUGGCGAGCCCUCAAAGUUCAAGACAGAGCAGCUACUCCUCCAUCUCUGGAAAAAUUAAGAUGCACUCCAUACAUGUGGACUCGGUCCAGCGCUGGAUGGAGGACUUGCGGCACAUGACGGAGGUAGAGUGCAUGUGUGUUCUACAGUCCAAACCCAUAGGCGUGGAUGAAGAUGCUCCAAGUGAGCUGAUCGUAUCCAGAGUGGGUGCUGUCGGUGAGCACAUCACUCGUGAUAACCUGCAGACGCUGCUGAAGCGGGCGCUGGUGGUCAGCACAGAGAUGGGGAAGAUGUUCCAGCGUUUGGAGAAGGGUCGCUGGCAGAGGGUCAACAGCACUGCCGUCAGAGUCAACUGCCACGUGCGCUCGCUGAUCCAAGAGUACAGCACAGCCAGAAAUGCCCCAGCCGAAAUGCAGAAGUAUGAGAAGUCUUUGCUGGAGAAAUGCAUGGAGCUCAACGUCAUUACUGAGAGAUGUCUUCACACAGAGGAUGAAUACUUCCUCAAAUCCAUGAAGGAGGCCAUUCAUGAGAUCCUCACUGAUGUCAGUGACUCCUUCAGCCAUAUGAUUGACAUGGCAUUGGCUAAUGAGAUACAGAUCUUGAUCAGACAGAUUGAAGAGUCUGAUAAUGUUUUUGCCAUCAGCACAGCCAUCAGUAAUCUGCAGUCUUUAACUCAAGAUGGACCGCAGCUCUGCAGCAUCAUCGCUAAAGAGGGCGCUGUUGUGGCCCUGCUGAAGAUCUGCAGGCAGGACUGCUUCAGUACUUUAUACGCUCGCGCGUUGAGAACCGUGGCUUCAAUCUGCUGUGUGGAAGAGGGCAUUAACCAGCUGGAGAAGGUGGAUGGAAUCCUGUGUUUAGCAGACAUCUUAACUGAUGGCACGUGUACGGAGGCAACACGAGCAGAGGCUGCAGCAGUGAUGGCUCAGAUCACGUCUCCACAUCACACUUCCACACAAUAUCUUGCCAGCUUCCUGGAGAGCAUGCAGGACAUUGUCACGGCCCUCAUCAAUCUGUGUGAGAGUGCCUCCUGUGGUGAAGUGUUUCUGUUGGCUUCAGCAGCACUGGCGAACAUCACAUUCUUUGACAGCAUGGCGUGUGAAAUCCUCCUGCAACUGAACGCCAUUCACAUCCUGCUGGAUGCCUGCAGAGACCGCCGACGAGUCGACACGCCAUACUCCAAAGACCAGGUUGUGACAAUUCUUGCGAAUCUGUCUGUUUUGGAGCAGUGCAGUUCAGAAGUGCUUCAGGAAAAAGGGAUCGAGCAGCUGCUUGUGUUGCUGAAUGAGAAGCCGUCAUCCUUCAGUCCAUCAGAAAGUGCAGCAUGUGAGCGAGUCCAGCAGAAAGCUGUCGUCACACUGGCCCGUCUCAGCAGAGAUCCGCUGGUUGCUCAGACUGCCAUACAACACAUGGCUGUUCCUCGUCUCAUUGAGUUGUGUCGGUCGCCAGCAGAAAGGAACAACAGUGACUCUGUGCUUGUGGCCUGUCUGGCUGCUCUGAGGAGACUUGCGGUUGAAUGUCCAGACAGUAUCGCGCCCACUGAUCAUCAACAGCUGAUCAAACCCAGAUUAGUGGACUCCUUCCUGCUGUGCUCCAACAUGGAGGAAAGCUUUGUCUGACAGACUCUGGCUUAUAUACACCAUUGGAAUUGAUUAAGAUGGGAAAUAAAGAAUUUGUGCAAUUAUUUUAGCAUAUUUAUAUAUUACUAAAAGAAACCGCCUUUGUUGUAUGUUUUUGUAUAAAACUUAGUCACAUGGUAGAAAUAUAACAUGAGUCAUGCAUCAUUUAAAUGAAAAAUCAAUGUAGAAAAAUUUACAAGAAUAACAAAAUUAAAUAUUUGUGUGUGUGUGUGUAUAUAUAUAUAUAUAUAUAUAUAUAUAUAUAUAUAUAUAUAUAUAUAUAUAUAUUCAGCUGCAAAUGCACUUCAAGGAUUAAACAGACAUUUUUAAUGCAGUAGAUCAUUGUGAACUUUUUUUUUUUUAUUAUUCAAAUUAGUUUACAUUAAAACAAAUGUUUGAUACUCUACAGCUUGUCCUGAAUAAAAAACCUCAGUAGAUAUUAUUGUAACUGAAUCUUUGCUCUUUAUCUGUAUGGAAAAACUGACCGAUAAAGGGUGAUUUGUCAAAUAGAAUUGUUUGUGGGGUUAACAAUCUGCAAUAACCAUGGGGCAUUGGUACACUACAGUAUUCAAUUGGUUAAACUAAGUCACACUGAUCUUCUACUAAACCUGACAAAUUUUAUAAACUCAAUUAGUACCUCAAGUGUGUAAUGAAAAUAUACACUUUAUGGUUAAUGCUAUGUGGACACCUGAACACCAAACAUGUAUGUGCUUGUUGAAAAUUUUAUUUACCCGUAUUUCCCAGAAAUAAAG